AUGACCGACGAUCGUGACCUUCAUCAAGUCGAAAAGGACGACGUGCCUCCUCUUCCCUCCUCGCCUUCCUCGUUCCGUGCUCCGCUAGGGAGGCCUGCUUGGUACGGAGCAUCGGUGAGUGUGCCGGACGAGGGAGAACAUCAGCGCGGUGCAGGUAGUCUUGACUGAUCGACCCCUGUUCCACUCCAAUGCGCUCACGCAGCCCACUCCAUCCUUCAACUUCCUCUCCGGCAGCGCGCCAAAUUUCAGCGCAGCGUCUCAGCGCGCCCCUUUUAAAUCGCGACUCAUUGAUCCUAAUCGUGAGCGCGAGCACCUGCUGAGAUGCGAAACGAAGCUUGGCAAGCAACAGGCUCGCAAAGUGAGUGAUUCGCGGAUCGUGGCUGUGCUCCUGUUACGCGAAGCUGAACCCGCACUCGCGCAGAACUUCAUUGCUUGCUUGGUCCCUGUACUGGUCGGACUCGUCGGUGCUGCCGCCUUGAUCGUGACCGGCUACCUGAGCAUCAAGAAGCACGACUACUGUCUCGUACUCGAGGACAACUUUGACGGACCUUUAGACACCACCAUUUGGAAGCAUGAGCAAGAGACUGGAGGUUUCGGCAACAGCCAAUUCGACUGGACAACCGACUCUGCCAACAACUCCUACACCAAGGACGGCAUGCUCUACAUCGUUCCCACCCUGACUGCUGACAGCAUCGGCGAGGCUGCCAUCAUGAACGGUUACCAGCUCAACUUGACCACCACGGGCACUUGCACCGCCUCAAACACCAGCGAUCCCGUCAGCUGUUCCGUCGCAAGCAACUUGACCGAAGGAAUCAUCAUCCCGCCCAUUCAAAGUGCUCGGCUGACCACCAAAGGAACAAAGAGCAUCAAGUACGGCAAAGUGGAGGUACGCGCACGCAUGCCUACGGGUGACUGGCUCUGGCCCGCCAUCUGGAUGAUGCCUCGCGACGAAAUCUACGGUCCGUGGCCCAGAUCCGGAGAGAUUGACAUUGUAGAGUCCAAGGGCAACAUGCCCACAAAGAGAUCGCAAGAGCUCGCCAAUGUCGUCAGCUCCACCUUGCAUUGGGGUCCCAUCUCCUACUUUGACGGCUACCGGCUCACCCACGACAUUACUCGCGUCUAUCGAAAAUUUUUCAACCAAAAGUUCUACACUUUUGGUAUGGAGUGGGACGAGGAAGGCAUCACCGUGUGGAAAGAAGUGCCCUCUAGACCCUUUUUCAUCACCAAGUUCAAAGUCGACCGCUACGAGCUUGGCGGCUUUCCACGCUUUUCGGACAACGGAACGGCCAUCGUCUCACCGUGGGGAGGCUCGAGCAACAAAGCUGCAGCUCCUUUCGACCAAGAAUUCUACCUCAUCCUCAACGUAGCAGCUGGAGGAACCAAUGGUUACUUUGAGGAUGGUGACAUCAGCAAGCCCUGGUCCAACAGCAACAACGUCACCAAAGCCAGAUCCGACUUUUGGGCUCAGAGGAACACAUGGCUACCCACUUGGCCCUCUGACCCGAGCCAGCGCGGCAUGGUCGUCGACUAUGUCAAGAUGUGGCAGCUCGGCAAAUGCACCUCUUGA